AGCCCGAAGAAAUUAUUAAUUCUUUCGCUUUAACCGAUAGUAUUGAUGUUGCGCACUAGGCGGCGCGCGCAUCACUACGUUUCUCGCCAAUAGUAAUCAGUAGACGAAUGUUUAUAGUGCGGAGAGUACAUGAAUGCUGGUCGAUGAGAGAAAAUAGAAAGUUAAUAUUUGUACAUUAUUAUUUGUGUUUGAUUUAUUUAGUGAGAAAAUGGAUUUAACGAACAGGUCUACCUGCUUAUUACACGAAGCAGGUUAAACAUUGAUAUAAGUUAAAAUUAAACGGGACUUAUGGAAAGUAUAGCAAUUUGAUACAAGAUGUGAUGUUGUGGAAAUAAUACUUUAACUAUGAUACCAGGCGUGUAUAUGUGUGGAAUAUUUACAAUGAAUUGUUGGAGUUUGUCGAUUAUUUUGAUUCUUUUCGGAUUACAUGGAUUCGGGGCCACAGCCUCUACCUGUCCAGCUGUGUGCUUUUGUCCGUCCUUAACAAGAACUGUGUAUUGCCCAAGGAAGGAAUUGCUUUUUAUUCCAAGCGGAAUACCAUCAGAUUCUAUUCAGUUGAACCUCAAUGACAAUACAUUUUCUAACCCAGUUAUAAGUAAAGAGAAUUUUACAAGAUACAGAGAUUUGCAACAGUUAUAUCUAACAGGUUGUGGCAUCGAGUAUAUUCAAGUUGAUACUUUUAUUGACAACAAAAAAUUAAAAUGGCUAGACAUUGGUAAAAAUAAACUCAAGACGAUCUAUGACUACACUUUUAGGGACUUGACUUUAGAUCAUUUAUUUCUCAAUGACAAUCCUGGAGUCUCGAUCUCUACAAGAGCUUUUGGAGGACUAAAGUCCACAGGCCUCUACAUGCAAAACAACGGACUGGAUAAACUGUCGCUUGAAGUUCUUCGUCCCAUGAAUGGAACAUUGAAAACAUUGUGGCUCGAUGGGAAUAAAUUCGAGCGGUUUAAUUCCCUUUGGUUAUUCCUAUUCAAAACUUUAAGCCACUUGAGGAUCGGUAAUAACCCUCUUCACUGUAACUGCGAGGCCAGGUGGUUGAAUGAGUUCUACCUCUCCAACUCGAGAAUAUUUGAGGGAGGGUCACCGCCGUCGUGUAGGUCCCCAGUAAGACUGAGGGGGAAACUCUUCAAUCAGUUACAAGAAGAUGAUUUCAAAUGUCAGCUUCCAGUGUUUAAAAAUGUCGAUGUUAUUUUCGAACACAAUGUCGGUAAAAUGACUUGUCUAGCAAGCGGUGAUCCGGUGCCGACGAUUUACUGGAUGAAGCCCGACGGAGAUUCUGAAGUGUUUAUUCCCAAAUCUGAAGAUAUAACAAAAGAUAUGGAAGGUGUUAUGUAUGUUACUCCACCGGAACCCAACUCUAAAAACAGAUAUGAGUGUGUUGCUAAUAAUCCCGCCGGAAACGUUACCUUCUCUAUUAAUGUCGCAUGGCCGUCGGUGCCAGAAUAUCAAACAGACGUUGAUCAGUCUGAGGUCGCAAUGAACGACAUAUCAGCUGAUGUUAAAGAAAUAAAUUUGAUAGACAAAGGUGAUCACAAGAAAAAAUAUAACGAUGUUAAAACAGAAACAAAAGUUUCUCAUGUAAAUACUAAUUCUAGUAAAGUAACCGCGAAUGACAUGCAGGCGGUGACGCAAGAGACAAGUAAAACUGGGGUGCAAUUUACCGCCGGCGAUAUUGUCGGCGCCGUCGUCGGGACAUUUUUGAUAACACUCCUGUUGUGUAUUAUUGUGUUCCAUGUUUUUUACAGACACCAAAGAAAAUCAGGGUACCCAAGCACCCACCAAAAUGGCAUAACAACCCCAGAUUUGAGAAAAGGGCCACCAAGUCGUAACGAACUUGAUGAGGUUGAACAUACUAUGUUAGAAAGACGAAAAUUUGAUAUUCAUGUUUAGUACUGGGCUUAGUGACGGUUGUGAAAAUUAAAAAAGUGUAAUCAUCUCCUUCGGCUCAAAGCGCACCUGUCUAAACUUAAGGUUUUAACACAUAAAGAAAAGAUUCAAAUGAAUCUAUUUUCAAAUCAUUACCUUAAAGGAAAUCGUUUAAAAUUUCUUCGGGGUGGUAACGCAAUAUCUUGUUGCCAAAUUAGCUCGAAUGGAAUAAAAUCGGUGCAGUGAUAAAAUACCCUAUUAUUAGGAGUAAAGAGGCUUCGGUUGGAUUAUAAAGAAAAUGUGCUGCUUUAAAAUACCCACGGAGUUUAACAAUACGGGCUCUCUUUGAUAUGGUUUACGUAUGAGUGGAUUAUCAAAUAAAACCAACAAAGGAAUGUUUAUAUUCAGCGUAGAAGUGAUGACAGAGCUGCAGGGUCUUACCCAACCUGUGGCAAAGAGGUAUUUUCUUGACACAAAUCAUUUAGAUCGUUUAGAUAGCGGAAAAAAGAAAGAGUGGACAUGAAAAAAUUGAUUACCAAAAUGCGCAGGAAUGUGGCGAAAGUAAAAACCUAACAACUUGAACAGGUGAAUAUACGACAAUUGUUUGUCGCCCUGUGUUAGUGCUAAAUGCCGGACAAUUGUAAUUCGUGAAAGUAAUUAUUAGCAUAGUAGGGUCGAAGAGUAUAGGGUGCGAUAAUAAGAUCGAUUGUACUCUCCAGCUGUAAAAUUAGAAUUGCGUGUUAAGUUUAACGCCUUUUUAGUGAAAUUUCUGACACCUUAAGACGUCGCAUUCGCUUUAAGUUAUAUAUUUUAGUGAAUAAUUAUCAAAUAAAGCUACCAUUCUCCAAAAGCCUUCAAGCUAUAAUUUGAAAAUAUUUCUGACAGGCAAGACUUAGAUUAAUUCGAAACACGUUUCAAGUCAUGGAUCUUUAAAUUUAAUUGCAUUAGACGGGGAUAAGUAAUGAUCCGUUACAUGUAAAUGUUUACUUUUCAAAAAAAAAAAGAGUUUAAAUUUCAACCUAUUACAGUUUGCUUAAUACAUCUGCGUAUUAGCUUAGUUUUUGUUAACUCCAACCACACAUUCUUGAGUAAAACUUUCGUUUAAACCAGUCUGAAAAAUAUAUUUAUUGUCAGUGUCAACCGUGUUUAUCAUAAAUUCAGACAUUUUUUUCGUAAAUUUAUUGUGAACAAGUAUAUAGAUUGUCAGGCAAUUUAAUGAUUUCUACAUUUUUGACAGUUGAAAUACCUUAAGGUCAUUUAGUAACUGAUACACUAGAUGUAUUGAAGAUAGAAAGAAACCAUUUAAUUCCGAACUAAUUGAUAUCUCAACAACAACAUUUUUAUUUUUUCUUAUCGCUUUUUAACAAUAACCAACCAAAAACCGUCACUAAUUGAAACAUCAAAGACUAGUCUGUAUGUCAGCGCUUCAAAAACUUUAAUUACUGCUUACAAAAGAAAGCAAAAUCGAUCAUUCCCUCAGGGGCUUUGUAAUUUGUAUAAUUCUUUUAAAAUAUGUUCUUUAAAAACUCUGUAAUUAGAGGGAGAAAUGUAUUUUUAACGUCUUAAAACGCUCCUUAAGAAAUUACUGUUAGCUAAAGUCACCGAAAACACAUUUCCUUAAAAAGUGAAACUCAAAAAAAAUCUAAAGGUUUUCCGUGUGAAAGUACAUGUAUACAUGUACAUUUAUUGAACCAAGUGACCCAUUCACUUAAUUAAUUAUUCAUGAGUUUGGGUUCACCACCUUCGACAGUUUUAUUGUGAUGCUGCAUGUAAAUCUUACAUUAAAUACAGAUUUAUGAUUAUCCCGAUUUAGAAACAAUGUCAUUCUGACCAAGUACUUUCAAUGUUUAUGAACGUACUGCUGUAGGUUUUACUACAUUUUCUUGACUGACAAAAUGUGUCAUUUUGCCCUAUGACCGUUUUUACGCCAAACUUUAUAUGCAAAUAAAUAACAGCUGUUACUAUAGUUAUAUUACAUUCUCGAUUCAGUAAGUAAAUACAUGGACUUUUAUUUUCUUUUGCACAGAUCUGGACAAUGAACAUACAAACAAUGAUAGCAAAUUUUCACUAAAUUCUAGUUUCCUGAUUUAGACAAUAAACAAAUUUUAUUUGUAAAUUCAGACUUAAAAAUUCAGCGCUUUGAAUAAUACAUGAAUAUAUUCUUCAUAAAACUUAAUUAAACAUGUGCCUCUAGGCCAGUAAACUCAAAUUACAAGCUGGCCUGUUGUUUUAAUUUACAUGAAUGCAUAUGUUUAGAGCAUUAGACCACAUGAUAUAAAUCCUAGCCGCCAGUAACAUUGAAAGGAAGUUCAAUUUCAUGGGGUUUUUUUUCAUGGCAACAUAAACUGAUUUUAAUAGCGAAGAAAGUUUUUAUAUUUGCUCCUGGACUGGGCAAGAAAAUGUUUGUAGAGGGCAUAGGUCUUAUAAAGCCGGUGCAAAUUUCAGCACAUGCAAACUGACAUUGCUUAGGGAGCUUCAGUUCAGAUACAAAUAGUGGGGAUAAUUAUUUUUAAUCGAUAUUUUUUCACUUUUUUAAAAUUCAUUUUGAGAAGAAAAUGGAUAAAAUAUAUAAUUUGAAAGGUCUCGGGAGUUAUAUUGGAUGUUCAAAGACAGCCUGUAUAUUCCGUCGCCGAAUUUCAAUAUUCUUUCCAGUUUUCACAUAUUUUUUUCACUAUAUUACUACAUUAUCUCUAUGUUAUACCGCUGUUGGGGAUAUUACGGCUAUGCCUUAUCUCGACUUUAAUAAAUCAAGGUCAGAAACAGCAAGAAUUUACCUAUCUUACCUAAGAUUUUUUUUGUUUUCUAAGACAGAUUUGAUUAUCUAUAGGUUAUCUGCAUUGGGAUAAUUUGACAUCAGUACAAGGGGAAGAUUUGUUUAGACAGUUAGGUAUAUCUGAGUACUGUUUAUAUACAGCGUUCCAUUAUCUAUUUAUAAUCCUCUUGAAGAGAAAGAAUGUUACACAGUAACUGUUCAUCUUGAGAUUUUUAACAUCUUCAUAAAUAUUGGCACCGUAUCGUCUGCUGGCUUGGAAAUAUACUAUCGUUUGUUUUCAUAACAGAUUCUCAAAUUUGCAGUUUUUGUGGACAAAAAGGUGUCGUUGUAAAAACAAAAGCGGAUCUUAAAACAUGAUAAAGUGCGACUGAUCCUUGUAUUUAAUAUAAUACGGUACCAUAUUGUCUAUUGUUUUAAAUCAUUAAUCAGAAUUUCUUUUUGAAAAAACACACACUCAUAACUAUCAAUAUUGGCGCCAUACUGAAAACAGAAGUUAUCGGAAGGUUUUAUCAGCGCAAAAUAUAAUCCGUUAUAAUUCAACAGCUUGUGCAAAAUGAUGCCAUAAUGUAACUGUUAUGCAUGUGGAAUCCAUACAGACUGAUAUUUUUGCCACAAUUACCGCCAUGAGAAUUAAAAGAAUCAAUUCAGUUCUAAGCUUCAUAAUGGAUUCGUAAUGAACAAUUCUGCCUACGCCCUCUCCAACAGCGAUGCCAAUUGCAUUCAAUUAAUUUCUUUAUAACAAACGGGUGCCAUUUAUCUGUUUUUAAAUAAAAAUGUGAGUAGUUAGACAGACAGACAAAAUAAUUGCGUAUACAAUCGCGUGUAAUCAAUUUUAGAAUAAAAGCUUUGAAAGUAUAUCAGUUAAAGUUGCAGCAUUUACAUCUUGUAAGAACAAAGACCUACAUCAUAUAAACAAAAAUGUAAGCACGCACCAGACUAGACCUAAUUUGACAGUUAAAGACGAACGUUUUCCGUUUUGAAAUCACAUUAAUUGAAAGUCCGUAUUGUUAAAAUACCUUGGGAAAAAGUUUAAAAUGAUUUGUAAAACACCCAUUUACACUAAACAGCGGUCAUUGUCUCUGCUAGAUUUACUUGCUUGCGAGUGAGUUGUUACACCGAGGACGCAUACACUGUGUUACACUCGUUACAUUCAUUACAUACAACACAUAAAACAUGACGUUGUCAAUGUAUUGCAACUUGUUAAUGUUGAUCAAACAAGAAUUUAAGACAGUAGGAACAAUACCUAUGAAACGUGUACACGUUUUACGCUACAAUGGCGUUACAUCACGUUUCUUCAAAGUAUAGACUCGACCAGAAUACUAUAUGAAUUUCAUCUCCUCUGAAUGGGAAGAGGCCAAUAACCGUCUCCCUUUUGCAUUUUUUAUAGAACUCCAGAUGACAGCAUUAUAGUAUUCUUUUUUCCGAUUUACAUGUACUUGUUUUUCAUUUUUGUGUUUUCAUUAAAUAUUUAUCGCACAAGUCUCACGUGCGCUAUAUUGUUACAGAUUAAAAGUAUUGUAUUGUUCAUAUAUGUAUGUUUAUAUGUAUAUAGAUGUUUCCCAGACAUUUUUAGUGCAAUUCUAUUUAUCUAUGUGUCUCACAUAAUGUUGAUAGUUUCACAUACAUAGAUUGUUUUACAUUUUUUCUCAUCGACAUUUUUUUAUGUAGACACAAAGAAAAUCAGCGAUUCUUUGUGAGAAAUUGUGAAAAUUUUGCGCUUCUGAAGCGACUCUUGUCCAUUUUUCUCAUAAAUCUGAAUACAGCACAAACGGUUGCCAUAGUAACGUUAUUCUUGUCAACCUCUAAUUGGUCCUAGCUGCCUUGGGCUUUUACCCUUUGUUAAACUCGCGAGAAAACGCGACCAGGAAAAAUCAUUAUUUAAUUUACAGAGAUAAUGACAUUUCUCUAUACGUCUCUAUAUUUGAAGAUAAUACGUUUAGUGUAAGGUUCUCUAAGUGCUGCCAUUGUGAAGUCGUCAUUAUUGUACUAUUUAAAGAUGCUAAUGAACGAAAUACGAAGCGCAGUCAAAAAAGUUCUAAGAAAAAGCUGUCUGACUGCCAAAAAAAAAGAAAUGCACUUUUGCAUGUGUAAACUGAGAUAUAUCGAAACUGUUAGAAGAUUGAAAAGAAAAUAUUUGCAAAGUCGCUUAUGAUGUUGCUGCAUUGUAAAAGAACAUAUGUCGCUUUCUUAAAAGCCACGAGUGGUCGCGUUUAAUAGACUGGUGAUAAAUUUUUACUGACCGUCUGUAAAUCUGAAAUUUUAUUAAAUCAUGACGAACUCGCUUUCUUUUAUGCAGUAUGCUUUCUCUUGAGGAAAAACUCGACUCCUGGUUAAUUUAUGGGUGUCACGGGCUUAUUGAUAAUUAGGGUAAUUAACGACAUGUUAUGAAUAAUUAAUUGCUACUUUACUGGUUCCAUGGAAUGUAUUUCAUGGGAAACGUGUUAUGUUUAUCUGUAUAGGUAACAUUGUUAUAUAGUUACAUAAUUCUACAUUAUUACUGAUUGUACUUUAAACAUUAUUAUUCAUCUUGCUGGGAAAAUGUGCAAAUCGUAAUUCAUAAUGUUUAAACGAGCCGCACCAUGAGAAAACCAACAUAAUGGCUUUGCGACCGGCAUGGAUCCAGGGCAGUCUGCGCAACCGCGCAGUCUGGUCAGGAUCCAUGCAGUUCACUAACGUUUUCUCUAAUUGCAAUAGAGUAUGAAAGCGAACAGCAUAGAUUCUGACCAGACUGCGCGGCUGGUCUGGAUCCAUGCUGGUCGCAAAGCCACUAUGUUGUUUCUUUCAUGGCGCGGCUCAAACGUGUUAUCAUAUUUGUGUAAUUCAUGCAUAUAUUAUGAAAUUGUUUGAAAGCACUAUCAUAAUUCAUUAAAUUGUAUAUCUGUCGAGUGUAUGCUGAAUUUAUUUCAUUUUAUGAGUUUUCGUCUUUUAAAACGGAUUAAAAUCGCUCGAGACAUCUAAAAAUACUUCGAGAUAGAGACAGACGGAAUUUUAAGCAAUUCUUGAUAAUAUCUGUAAUAGCAUAUUAAACAUAAUGUUUAAAACCGUGGGUAACUUGUCCACUUCAUAUUCUUUACUAAAAAAUAAGGACAAAACAAUUCGUAAUAUCAAACUAUUUAAAAACUCUCAAAUGCGAUACUCAAAGCUCAGUCGAUUUGAAUAGGUGCCAAGCACCCAACCGUGUUUUAAAUCUAAAACAGUCAAGUUUCCUUAAAUAUUGUGUGAGUUAUUAUUUAUUUUUGAUACGAUAAAACUCAUUAUACUGUUUUUUCAGGGCAUUUCAAUUGAAAAGUUUUGCAGGGUUAUUAAGAUCUUAGGUUGAUACUGUAUAUGACUGCUCGUGCUUUUUUGUUUUUUUUUUUGUUCAAGGGAACGUAGGUUCAAAACAUGCAUCGUGAUUCGAGUUUAAAUAUCUUGCACCGAACAUUAUAUAUAUCGAACUUAAUGGCAAACGUAAUAUCUGAGUUUUAAGUUAAAAAUAUCUCGUUUUUAUAUCAAAAUGUCAGAUUGCAAAAACUUGGACGGCGCAUAAGGUAAAUUGCUUAUAUCAUGAAUUACUUGGAACUUCAUUGCGUUUUGUGCGUGUAGGAUUCUUCUUGUGAAAAUCCGCCAUGUUCUUAUUUUGAAACCGGCAGUUUGCUUUUUUUUUUUAACUUUCUCUACCGUCUAAGAAUAAAGAUAAAGCCAGUUGCUUAUCAGUUUGUAUGAAUAAAGACUCUCAGUUUUGAUAUACUCCUACCUAUGUUAAAGCAUAUCAGCAUACACUGUUUUUGUUUUCUAGCAUAUUUUCAUGAACUUUAAGUAUCAAAUAUCGGUGGGAAAGUGGAAUGUUUUUGCAAUUCAGAUGUUUCUUAUAUCGAUUACAUUUAAAUUCCGAAAUAAUUGAAAGCAGGAACUAUAAAUACAACCAAAGAAAAUACUACAGUUUCCAUCGAUUUUGAGGUAGACAACAUCUAGAUGAUUAAUAAAUGUAUGGUACUGUGCCAGGUGUUGCAAUACAUUAACUGCAUCGAUCGCUGAUUUAUUAAGGUGAUUGUGCACAGUUGUUAGUCAUCUAGGUCAUCUGCACACAGGAGCAUUUUCGUAAUUGCUUUAUUGUAAUUAUCUCUAAUUUUGAAAAUAAUAAAGCAAUUUACUUUCAAAGGAGUUGAAAUGCGCAUGCAUACUUUUUCUUGGCGCAGAAUCAAUCUAACAAGACUAUUGCAACUCAGUUUUAAAACGUUUUAUUUAUUAAUAUGAAUGCAUCAGUUCACAACUGAAUGAUGCAGUUAUUUGUAUUCAGUAUUUUACACUGUAUAUUAGGUUCGUAAUUGUCGACAUAACUUUUGCCCUGGAGAAUAUGACUUGAUACAAGUAUGAUUAUGGCAUUUUAUUGUACAUUUACAGUUGUUAUAUAUGUAUUUUCGCACGACAUUUAAGGUUUUUUUUUUAUAGGACACACAUCUGUUUAGUGUCACAGUUCAAUUUUGUUCGGAUAUUUUACCACAGUAAACAUAUAUAAGUUGACCUACUGAAAGCAGUUCUUGGAUUCAACUGUAAAUAUAUAUAAAAAUACUCUACGUCUAUGGUUCAUUGAAAAAAUGCUACAAAACCCAUAAUGAAUGUAAUUUAUGUUAUUUAUCUAUUUGCUGUUCAACAUGUACAUGUAUAAUAUAAAACAAAUUGGGAUUUUUGUAUGUUUGCACGUACGAGUACGUGUAGAAUUUAUCAAUUAAGUAGUCCUGUAACAAUGAUACUUUACAAGUUUUCUUUCAUUUUUAGUAUGGCAUUUGCUGUCUCGAUUUUUUAAAAUUAUUUUGUUGGAAUACGAUGUAAUUAUUUCAGUUUAUUUUACUAUAUAUUGUUCAUUAUAAAGGCAUACUAGUAGAUGAUGAUUUUGCAAUUUCUGAUUACCUUCAAGUUAAGUCGAAGUGAACGUUUUCGCUUUGAAUCGUAUUUUGAUAAGAUUAAUAUAAUUGAACUUUCAAAUAUAUAAUCAUUUUAACAAUUCAGUUUUUUUUAUUGAUAAGGUAUCUAGAUGAUUAUUUUGCAGUUUCUGGUAUUAUUUUCAUUGUAAAUGAAGCAUGCAACUACAUACUGCGGUUUUUCAUGGAUAUUUGAAUCAUCUGUGCGAACAUUUCAUUGUGUGUCAUUAAAAUAACAUUUGACAUGGAAUUUUGACAGAUCAAAACCUUUUCUGUUUUUUUUAAGGUGGAAAAUUGUAAUCUGAUAAAAUCUAUAUAUUAGUUAUUCGUCUGUGUGAAAGUGUCAAUCAAGUAUAAACGUUACUAUGGAAACCGUUUCUCAUUUAUGUAUUGUUAUGUUUUUAUGAAAUGAAUAAAAUAUAUUUCAAAACAA